AUGGCUUGUCUUCAUGUUAGAAGAGGAGUCCUGGGGUAUCCACAACCGUGGCUUACCUUUCAGUUCACUCCAAGCUCAAGUUUGCUUCUCCGCCCUCCGAGUGUCAAAGCCCUGCAGAGGGAGUCGACUAAUCCACUGAGGAGUGUCAGUGCCCUGCCCCGAUUGAUAAUGCCGGUCAUGGCAGACCCCUACAAACACGUUGGGUUUUCUAUUUCAUCCAUGUCUUCAGUGACUCAAGAGGCUUGUCUGGGAGAAAUGGCAUCUCAGCCGAGCGACUCCCAGUCUGCUUCCCCCGAAGGGAAAGAAAACGUCAGGAAAGCUUCUCUCGGGGACGCUCUGGAGGAAGUCGGGGUCUCGGAUGUGGCUGUGUACUCGGGGAAGACACGUUCUGCAGCCCGAGGUGGGCCAGGCCCUGUCUGGGCUCCUGGUGGUGGAGCCCACCGGGCGGUCCCGGCUGUUCCCGAUUGCACCGCCGAGGGGCGCACUCCCUUCUGCAACAACUGCACCCGAAGUCGUCCUCCCACUUCUGUAUUUUCCCGAUCCCCUCCCCUCCAGACCCCUCCCCACUGGCCUUCUCCCUUCCACGUGCCAGCCGGGCAGGGAAGGGAGCACUCCCCUCAGGACUGCGCCCGCUCUGCGGCUGUUCAGGGCCGCGCGGCGGCCGAAGCACAGCGCCGGAGAGACCGAGGUCAGAACGGCUCCUUGGCCCACUGCUGUGAGGCCGGCGCGUGCGUAAUGCGUCCGGGCUGGUCGGGGGCAGGUACCAGGCGGCCCUCCGGGACCCCUCCAUCUCCCUGGGUGGCUGUGCGCUAUCCGCGGUGCUGAUCGUCACCACCCACCACCGCCGUGGACGUUGUGGGAAACGGUCUGGCGAUCCUCUCGGUGAUCGGGAACCGCAAGCUCCAGAGCGCAGGUAAUUUGUUCUCGGCGAGUCUGGCAUCGGCUGACCUAGUGGUGGCCAUGUUCUAUGAUGGCUGGGCUGGUGGGGGGGAGGAGCACUCCAAGGCCAGCACCUUGGUAAUGAGCCUCAUCAGCAAUGACUCCAUCUUCAACAUCAACACCAUCGCCAUUAACCGCUACUGCUGUAUCUGCGACAGCGUGGCCUACCACCACAUCUACUGGCACUGGCACACCCCUCUACACAUCUGCCUCAUCUGGCCUGUGGUGGCCUUGCUGCCCAACUUUGUGGGGUCCCUGGAGUAUGACCCACACAUCAACUCCUGCACCUUCAUCCAGACGGCCAGCACCAGGUACACUGUGGCAGUGGUGGUCAUCCACUUCCUUCUCCCCUUCACUGUCCCGUCCUACCUGCGCGUUGGAAUGCUGGUGCUCCAGGCACGCGGGAAAGCCAAGCCAGAGAGCAGGCUGUGCCUGAGGCCCAGCGACUUGCUGAGCUUUCUAACCGUGUUUGUGGUGGUUAUGAUAUUUGCCUUCUGCUGGGCCCCACUUAACUGCAUCGGCCUCGCUGCGGCCAUCAACCCUCAAGAAAUGGCUCCCCAGAUCCCUGAGGGGCUAUUUGUCACUAGCUACUUACUGGUUUAUUUCAACAGUUGCCUGAAUGCCAUCGUCUAUGGAGUCCUGAACCAGAACUUCCUCAGGAGUAGGGGAGGAACCCAUGGCACUGCAUUCAGAAUGCUUCAGAAUGCAUCCAAGGGCAGCCAGGCAGAGGGACUGCAGAGCCCAGCUCCACCCAUCACUGGUAUACAGCACCCGGCCCAGGCACAUGCUCUCUAG